UUUUUAAUCUUGAUUUAUCCUGACAGAGGUAAAAAAUUUUAUGGAGUUGAAUUGGCCGCAAGAUUAUCUUAAUUAUUAUUAUUAUUAUUUUUUUUUCAACCACCUCGGCGCUCACUCUAGCUAUAGAACAAUGAUCCGUCAAGGAAUUAACUAUGGAGAACGGGAAGAAGAACUCCAGCACCUCCCCGGAGGAGGCCCACUGCCGCCGACAUACGGAUGGCCCGCCAGGGACACCUCCGGCGUCCUCUCGCCCUUCAACUUCUCCCGGAGGAAAAAUGGGGAGGACGAUAUGUGACCAUCAAGAUCUUGUACUACGGCAACUGCCACUCCGCCCUCCACUGCAUCGGGAACGAGAGGCACAACGCCGUCUACCCGAUUCGUGCCUGGGUAAUUUAAUUCAUGCAUCCAGAUCUUGGACUUGCUCUGUUUUCGAAAUUAUAUUGGGGGAAUUUAAUUUGUCGGUGUUGAAGUCACGAGAUCGUCGGCGUUGCCACCGAGGUGGGAGGCAAGGUGGGCUGGUUCAAGGUGGGCGAUCACGCCGGCGUGGGCUGCACGGUCAACUUCUGCCGCAGCUGCCACGAGUCCGAGCGGCACCUCGAGAACUCCUGCCCUCGGAUGGUCUUGACCUACAACGCCACCGAAGUCGACGGCACCAUCACCUACGGCGGCUACUCCGACUCCGUUGUGGUGGAGGAGACCUUCGUGGUGCGGUUCCGUCGUGGUGGUGGAGCACUUCGUGGAGGUGUACUUAGUGGUGGAGGAGGGAGUGCUUCAUGGCGGAGUGCUUCGGUCGCGGCGUAGUACUUAGUGGUACGAAAAAAUUGAUAUUUAAAUUAGAGUUUCAAAAUUAUAU